AUGGGUCUGUUUACAAGCUCCACCUCAUUGUGUUUUGGGAAUCAACAUUGCUUGCAAUUGGUCAAAAAUCUUAUGAGCAAUGUGACAGAGACAGCUUCUAUCACAUUAGGUGUAAUCAGUGUCAUUGUUUGGGUUUUUGCUGAGAUUCCUCAAAUAAUCACAAACUACAGAGAAAAAUCUGCUGAGGGUCUCUCUGUUGGUUUCUUGUUGACAUGGAUAAUCGGAGAUCUAUUCAACCUCUUUGGAUGCUUGCUGCAACCUGCUACUCUUCCAACUCAACUAUAUGUGGCAGUGUUUUAUACCAGUAUAACUGUUUUACUUUGUUCACAAGCCAUUUACUAUGGACACAUAUAUCCUCGACUGAAAUGCAAUAGACAGCUCAAGAUUGAAACACCAACAAAUGCUGGACAAAGCAAGAGUGGAAUGGAAAAAGUCAAUGAUGCUGAUCAGAGCAAUGAGUUUGAUGAUUUCAAUACACGCAUUGGUUUGACUUCCCCAAUUCCUCUUCCUGCCCUUACUCAAAACAAUUCUACUGGAAGACAGUUAUACUACCAGUCAGCAAGAUAUCUAUCAAAGAGUCAUACUCCCCCAGCAAAAUCUUUCUUAGCCCAAAGAAUGACACCUACUUCUCAUAUUUUAAACCCUAUGGAAGAGCCCUUGCUUGGUUCAGCUAACAUCGCACAAUCUGCACCAGCUUUAAAGAUCAAGACUACUCUAUGUUUGGUGUCAACAUUAACUUUUCUUGUUGCCUUCAAUCUGCUUCAGUCACCACAUACAAGAAUUGGUUCCAUGGUCUCAAAACCAAAACAAGAAUAUGUGAUUUAUGUUGGACGAAAGCUUUUGCAGGUUAGUGGGGCUGAGUUGCAAGAACAUGGUGUGGCAGAACACAGUGGCUUUGGGACUUUACUUGGUUGGCCAAUGGCAGUUAUAUAUAUGGGUGGAAGACUUCCUCAAAUUUGUUUAAAUAUCAGAAGGGGUAACUUUGAGGGCCUCAAUCCUUUGAUGUUUCUCUUUGCUAUAGUUGGGAAUUCUACUUAUGUAGCAAGCAUACUUGUGAGAAGCUUGGAUUGGUCAAAAAUAAGCCCAAAUCUACCGUGGCUUGUAGAAUCAGGAGGAUGUGCCCUUCUUGAUUCUUUCAUUUUGAUGCAAUAUAUAUAUUUCCGCUAUUGGAACUCCCAAUGUCUAGAGAGUAAGAAGUACAAACAUCAAGCUAUUGCUUAG